GUGUAGGAGGGGAUGGAGAAGUGGUGCAGCAUUCCUGUCUGAACACACCAAGCGGGACCACAAAGGAGAAACGAAGUUAAUCUGAAAUCCAGAUGCCUUAAGGACUAACAGAGGGUCAAACUAAUCCAAACACACUCACAAAUUCACAGAGCUCCAUCCCUUCUUGUGUUCUCUGUUGUUUUUCUCAGAUUUUUACAAGUCAGCAGCCGGACUAAAACCAACUGGAUACUUUUUACGCUCGUGUUGUCUUGUUAAACUUUGCAGGCUGCAGUCAUAACUACAGGAUUUGUUUCGGGAGUCUAUUUUAUACAGUUUGGUUUAGUUUGCCUCGGCAGCGAUUUCCAGAUGCAUUAAUGGCGUGAGCAGCCUCAGUGAGUGAAAUAUGGCAUUUUACUGGUGCACCAUGGUCUUCUGCAGGUUUGCUCCAGUGUGCUUUCCCUUUAUCAUCACAUCACUGCUAUGGCUAACGAUCUCCCCCGCCCAUGCUGUACCUCCCUGUCCACGGAGCUGUAGCUGUCCAGGUGGUAAAGAUGUCCACUGUACAUUCAGACAUCUCACUGCAAUGCCGAACAACUUUCCUAAAGACACAGAGAGGGUCAACUUAGGAUAUAAUAGUCUGACUGAAGUGGAAGGGUCCCAAUUCAGGUCGCUGCGGAAAUUGGAGAUGCUCAUGUUACAUGGUAACGACAUAAGCACCGUCCAACAUGGGGCAUUUUACAGCUUGCGAUCGCUCCAGAUGUUAAAGUUGAGUUACAACAAGCUAACAAGAGUGACCCCUGGGUUGUUUGAGGGACUCUUUGGUCUGGUUCGUCUUCAUCUGGACCACAACCUCAUCAACUUCAUCGAGCCAUACUCAUUUUCGGGUCUGACUUCUCUCAAACUAUUACAACUGGAAGGAAAUAUUCUUAAGGAGAUCCAUCCUCAUACCUUCAUUACAGUGUCUCUGCUAGGAAACUUUUGGACCUCUUCACUCAAACACUUACACCUUUCAGACAAUCUGUUGGAUCAGUUCCCUGCCUCUGUACUGAACACAGCUCCCAGGCUUGAGCUCCUCUCUCUUCAUGGUAACCCCUGGACUUGUGACUGUCAACUUCACUGGUUGCUACAGUGGAGUUCCACACAUGAAGGUGUAAUAAAGUGUAAAAAGGAACGUGAAACGAGCACAGUUGAGACUUGUCCUCAGUGCUUCUCACCUCAGCCAUUAAAUGGUACCCUCUUGAUUGGGUUAACUGAAGACCAGCUGACCUGUGAUAGACCAGCUCUUCAAUCUUCCCUGAAACUGUGGGACAACCCAGUGUGGGCGGAAUCUGAUGCAGAGCCUGAUCUCCCAUACACCCGGGACCUUGAAAAGCCCUUAGGCGAUCUAAGUUUUUCUCUAUCGGAUACCCAUGGAAAUAAUGCUCACGUGGUGUGUGAUGUGCGCCACCCAGGAGACAGUUCACCUAUAAGUUGGACAGUGAAUACACGGACAGCACAAGGGUUGUCUGUUAAUGUAUCUUUGGCAACCAUCCUUGAGUGUGAGAUUGAUCGGGAAAAAUUACAAAACCUAUGGCAAUUGGUUGCAUAUUACUAUGAAAGCCCUGCUGUCUUGGAGAGAGGUCAACAAAGACAAACAAACAGCAGCAGAACAACUUAUCAAUACUUCCAAAUUGCAAAUGAGAAUUCUCCUUAUUUUACAGACUUAAAGGGUUAUUUAGUGGCAGAGCCUGCAUGGCUGCUUCAACACAAAGUCACUUUAAAGCUUAAUCGAAUGCUAACAACAACCAAAAAACUAGUGAUGGAUUUUACUACAGUUAUCACCAGGCAUAUUAACAGCCAAAGAGGGCAGCAAGACAACUCUGACCUUACUUCUUCUUGGGCAAUGAUUCAACGUGGAACUGCAGGGCGUGUGAAGACUGCUUUGGAGGGCUCAGAGGUUCACCUUCAAUGCAGUGUUGUCACUUCACACCAGGAAGUAAAAAUGGAGUGGAUGCUUCCCGAUUUGUCUAUUGUGGAGAGCUUGAGUGAUAAAGUCAAAAUUGAUGACAAAGGGGACCUUGUGAUAAUGAAUGCAUCACAAUCCGACUCUGGUCUCUACCACUGUAUGAUCAGAACAAAAACUGGUGUGGAUUUGAUGUCUCUGAGGCUUACUGUCAAAGAACGAAUGCUGAGCCCGACUGCUUUCAAUGGCCAGAAAAUCACAGUUGAAAAGGGAGGUUCAAUCGCUCUCGCAUGUGAAGUAACAUCAGUGCAACCCAGUCAAACUGUUUGGUACAUGCCGAAAAACAAAGUUCUUACACCUACACAAAAGACAAGAAAUGCAGCAGUAAUGGAGAAUGGUACUUUGGUGGUGAGGAAGUUGAUGGAAGAAGAUUCAGGGGAAUACAGUUGUUUGGCCUCGAAUCUCUAUGGAGUUGACAUGCUGUCACAUAUAGUGGAAGUCACAGGGGAAAAGGUAUCCCAUAACUCUAAAGUAGAGACAGAAACGGAGCAGCAAACCUUAAAAACUGAUGAGGAAGAGGGUUCAGCAGUGGAUUACCAGGAAACAGUUUGGCGUUUCGUGACACAAGUUCCAAUAAUAGAAAAACCGCAAAAGAAUCCUGGAAAAAAUAAAAUCCAAAGGAAAGAUUUUAAUGUAAAGAAACUAGAUCCAAAUUACUGGGCAGAGGUUUUGGCUAACGCCAACGCUAAAUUACCCAUUUCACAGGCUUCAGAGUUGCCACUACCAGAUCCCACCACUCUAAUUGUCCCAACUAGUUUGACGAACCCUGCAACUACCCCUCCCUCCUAUACAAUAGCCAACAAUUUCCCCAUCACAACAAUUUCUGAAUUUGGGAUUGAGCCAACAGCUUUAUUGUUAGAAACACAACCAAAAACUUUGGUGACCUCACCUGCUAGAAGCACAGAGACAUCCCAUCAGCAGGUUAAUGGGAUUACAGAACAAAACAACGAUGUAACAAUUAUUGCUACACAAGUUGCAAAAGGUGCUAAUAUAUCAUUUGGUGACAGGAAUAAGAAAUUUGUUCCUGGCAGCCCAAAUCGGAGAAGGCCACCUUUUAGGCGUAGAAAACCUCAAAUGAGACGAAUUAACCACAAUCUAAAGCCACUUCGUCCAUCAUCAAACAUGCUCAAAUCUACAGUUCCCCCACCAACAAUCACAACAACUCCUACUAGAGUCACUACCACCACCAAAGAUAGGCCAACACCUUCACUAACUACAGUCACUUACUACUACCAAGCAGGGGAAGACAAAGUCAAGGAAAAAUCUGAUUAUAAGGAUAGUGGUGGUUUAGAUGAAAACAAAGAAUCAAACAUUGAAACUCAUACUGUUCAGGAUUUCGGAAGUAAAUUUACCAAAUUGCACUCAGUUGCGGAAAAAGAAGCCAAAUUACCUAUUUCUGCAGAAGCACAUACUUUACCUAACCUGAAAGCAAAGACAAAAGUUACUUCUCUACCAACCAAUAUGAAUGAAGAAACAGAGGAAUUUGGUAGAAUUAAAAAAAUAUCACAAGGGAAGAGGUUGCAUAUUCUGGAAGAACAAGGAGAGACUGGGGGAAUGAACAGAAAUAUUGAGAAAGUCAAAGAAUCUGAAAAUGUGCUGGUCACUCAGAGUUACAAUAUACGGCGUAACCUUAUUUCAACAAUCCACACACCAAAGUCAAACUAUCAUCCUUCACUGGAACAGACAAGUACUUCAUCAUCCAAAGUGAUAACUUCACAUUUAAACGAAGACAAAAUUAAAGAGGACAACAUCCACGAGGAAAAUAAAAAGGUGAAUGGAGCAAUAAUAAAGCCUGAAAUCCCCUACGUUCCUGUAGUGCAGCCGAUUCACCCCUGGCUGCACCAGUACAAUCAAGAACAAGAGCAACAAAAAUCUACACAGGUGCCACAAACACACAAAGACAGAUACCCAGAAAAACGGAAAGAAGUGAAUCUCAGUAACCGCCCGUUGCCGCCUCGCAUUGCACCAACUUCACAUUGGUCUUCAAAUCAUCGUCCCCAUCCUGCGUAUCCUCCUUGGCAAGGUGCUGUGCCACGUAUUGUGCCCACACAACAAACAAGACCUUUCCCCUAUCCUCGGGGUCAAAACCCAGUUGCUACUAACAGACCAGAAAUCAUAGCUGAAACAGUGAAGCCCACACCCACUCAUGGAGCCCAACUUAGAGAUCAAUUGUUACUAUCAAGGCUUAGGAACAGAUACAGACAGGCAUAUAUUGAUCGUCUCACACAGCUUGGAAAGAUAGUGACACCAAAACCACGCAUAAACUACAACAAUCCUGUUAAGUCAAUUCAACCCAGUCCCAUACCUCUGAACCCGGUCAGAGCCUUUCUUCCAAGACCACAAGCACCAACCCCCUCGUAUAACCUGCAACCUCCAAACAUUGUUAAAACCACAGAAUCCUCAUUAUCUGGGUUCAAUUCGACCCUUCAUUCUUACCAACCUACCACCACACGAUUACAGCACGGAGGUCAGAGGCCUGUUCAAGCUGGAAUUGGAUCUCAACAUCCAACUGCUUUACCUCAUUACCAAUUGGUGUUAGGAGCCGGAGCUGGUGGGGCAAAACCCCGCAUCACCACAGUAAACAAAGCCAGCAUGUCGGUGCUGGCAGAGGGUGACGCUUUUCUACAUUGUAAAGCAGCAGGGAAUCCUGAACCUAGAAUCGCAUGGACAAAAUUAUCGACAGGAGUCACCAUACCAGCCAACACCAUGCAUGGCUCCCGGUUUGAAGUCUUCAAAAAUGGAACUUUUGUAAUUAACGCCGUCCAACUUCAGGACAGAGGCCAGUACCUCUGCACUGCCCAGAAUAUGUUUGGAUCAGAUCGUAUGGUGAUCACAUUAUCAGUCCAGACUGAGGCCCCGAAGAUUCAACCACCCAGGUCUACGGAAAUAGCAAUAUACCUAGGAAAGAGUGUGACCCUUGAAUGUCUUUCUUCUGGAAAACCCCCAGCCGACAUUUCCUGGAUUCUGCCAGAUGGAACAUUUGUUCGCGAAAUUGGGAUUGUUCGUUCGCCACUUUCUCAAAUUUUACUGCUUGAGAAUGGCACGUUGCAAAUGCAGUCAACUAAUUUCUCCAGUAAAGGGGACUAUAAAUGUAUUGCAAGCAACGCAGCAGGAGCUGAUACAAUCACUUAUCAUCUUCAUGUUGCAGCUUUGCCUCCAAGCAUUAGUGAAACUGCAACUGACACUGUGAUCAUUCCGGAAGGCAGGAGUAUAUAUGUCCAUUGUUCCAUGAAGGGUGAACCUUUUCCUACUUUGAAGUGGACACUGCCAUCAGGAGUCCAUGUGAAGCCAUCACAGUUCCUGGGACAUAGGCUCUUUGUCUUUCCCAAUGGGACACUGUAUGUGAAAAAUGUCUCGCCAGCUGAUGCAGGGAGGUACGAGUGUUUAGCUGCAAACACUGUGGGCAUUGCCAAAAGAACUGUGUGGCUUGAAGUGAGGGCUGAUGGCUCCUCAGAUAUCCGCCAUCCUCCUGUUCCAUUCCCCCCUACUCACCACCAUGCUGUUCCAUCCCGCCAGCAUUCAGUCUCAGCUAUGUAUGGUUCUGCUGUUUACUUACACUGUCCAGAGUCUAGUGGAUACCCAAGAGGAACCAUCUGGCAGCUACCUUCCAAAACCAUCGUGGAGCAUCGAUACAGUCCGGAGAGACCAAUUAAAGUUUUCCGGAAUGGGACUCUGAGGAUACUUCAGUUAACAGAGUUAGACGGUGGAAAUUAUCUGUGUGUCUUUCAGCGACCCAAUGGAGAGGACGUGGAGCUCUUUCGGGUGGAUGUCUUGAUGACGCCGCCCAGAAUAAAGCAUGUGAGAACAACGCAACCAAAAGUCAACUUUGGAGAAAAUGUCCAGGUGGACUGUGUUGCAACAGGCCUUCCAGAUCCAGACGUCUCUUGGAGCCUACCAGAUGGAACACUAAUCAACAAUGCCCUUCAGUCUGAUGACAGUGGCUAUCGCAACCGCCGAUAUGUUAUUUUUGGCAACGGAACAUUACUUCUCCAUCAAAUGGGCAAAAAAGAUGAGGGUGACUACACCUGUUAUGCAAAGAAUAAACUGGGUAAAGAUGAGAGAAAAGUUAAUGUUAAAAUUGGACCAAAUGCUCCUAGAAUUACCUUAAAAUCUCAGUCUGUGGUGACUGUGAAUUAUGGAGAUUUAGCUCAGUUGAGCUGUCAAGCAACAGGUGAACCAACACCAAGGAUUGUUUGGAUCUCACCACGAAAUGAUGUGAUCCAAAUGUCAUCAGACAAGUUUGACAUUUUGGAAAAUGGAAUGUUAGUGGUGAAAAGAGUAACGUUAGCUGAUGAAGGGAAAUAUGCGUGUGUGGCACAAAAUUCUGCUGGUGAUGAUGUUAAAAACAUAAUUCUUGAAAUUGAAUCCCGGGAACCCUUUAUUAAUGGCAAAAAAGGGAAGAGUGAAAAGCAUGUUGAAGGCAUUUCUUAUCAAACAGUGCUGUUAGACUGCAAGGUGAAAGGGAAACCUAUGCCUAAGGUUUGGUGGGUUACCCCCUACGGCCACUCCCUCCAAACGUCCUACCUCAGUGGUCGCUUCCAAGUCCACCAAAAUGGCAGUUUGGAGGUAAGAGGGGUAAGGAAAACAGAUAAAGGAAGGUACAUGUGUCUGGCCAAAAACCAUUUAGGCGAAGCAUCAUUGGUUGUUGAAUUAGAUGUGGUGCCAAUAGCUGAGAAGCCAAGUUUUGCUGUUCCCAAUAUUGAAAUCAUAUCAAUACAACAAUAUGGCAAAGAAUUGCACCUGCAGUGCCCUGCCCGUGGCAAGCCAAAUCCAGAGUUUAUAUGGGUGCUACCUAAUGGGACAAUGUUGAUGCCUGGUGUUAGACUGCAACGGUUUACCCACCAUCAGGGUAACGGCACUCUGUGGAUCUCACAGCUGGCUGCAAUCGAUAAGGGAGUAUACAGGUGUCUAGCAAAGAAUGUGGCGGGGCAAGCAGAGAAGCGUUAUGCACUCGAAGCAGGCAGGAAGCCAACGAUCAGAGGACCAACAAGUGGGAUAACGAUUACCUACGGCCAAACUCUCAACUUGCAUUGCACUGUGGAUGGCUGGCCACAGGCGUCAAUCACAUGGACCCUACCCAAUGGCUUCACUUUGGAUAAACCUCAGUCUAUUGGUCGAGUUACAUUCCUUGCUAAUGGAACCCUCCAGAUGAGGCAGAUUGCUACUUUUGACAAAGGGCCAUAUACAUGCAAAGCAUCUAAUGCAUUUGGCUCAUCAACAUUGUCAUAUCCUGUCACAGUACUGGUUCAUCCACCACGCGUCACCAGUAUGCUGCCCUCUAUCACCAGCGCCAGCAGAGGAUCACCAGUGAGGUUAAAUUGUGUUGCAACUGGUGUUCCCAAGCCAGAAAUUUCCUGGACUUUACCUGGCCGUACUACAUUGGUUCCACAUAACCGCUACAUUGUGCAAGGAGGAAUACACAUGACAGAGGACGGUAGUCUGGUCAUUCAGAACCCUGUGCUCAUGAACUCUGGUAUCUAUAAAUGCAAUGCUAAAAAUGCCCUCGGAACAGAUUUUAAGAGUACAUACCUUCAAGUGAUCUGAGUGACAAGAUUGGUCUCUUAUUCUGGGACUGCAAGGUUGAGGAAAUCUCCCGCAGGAUUAAGACUGGAUUAUUUGUCCAUAAGGAUGUAAGUAUCAAUUUAUUAUGCUACCAUGAAGAUACCCUGGACACAAACAACUGGCUGUAUAGCUGUAGGCAGCCACACACUUUGCAUUUUAAUUGUAUUAUUUAGUCCUUACCACAUUUUAAAAUGCAUCGGACACAUUACGUCAACCACUUACCUCUGGCUACAUUAUAGCUUUGAAUCACUUGUCUGUUCAAUAAAAGUAUACUUUUAUAUGAAGAUGGUAUUGUAAGAAUGGACCUGUCUUGUAAUAACAUGUACCCGUUUGAUGUAGUAUUACUUCAGGGACCAUUCAUAAUUGUCCUGUACAUGGUAGAAACUCUAAUACUCAUACUGUAUGUUUGCAUAUACAGUCGGGCAAAAAAGUAUUUAGUCAGCCUCUGAUUGUGCAAGUUCUCCCACUUAAAAUGAUGACAGAGGUCUGUAAUUUUCAUCAUAGGUACACUUCAACUGUGAGAGACAGAAUGUGAAAAGGAAUUCACAUUGUAGGAAUUUUAAAGAAUUUAUUUGUAAAUUAUGGUGGAAAAUAAGUAACACGACGAGUUGAGUUUAUACCAAAAAGUUAUAUUUUGGUUUCAUCUGACCACAUGACAUUCUCCCAAUCCUCUGCUGUAUCAUCCAUGUAUCCAUUUUGGUAUAAACUCAACUCGUCGUGUUUGGAGGAAGAAGAAUACUGAGUUGCAUCCCAAGAACACCACACCUACUGUGAAGCAUGGGGGUGGAAACAUCAUGCUUAAGGGGCUGUUUUUCUGCUAAAGGGACAGGACGAUUGAUCCGUGUUAAGGAAAGAAUGAAUGAGGCCAUGUAUUGUGAGAUUUUGAGCCAAAACCUCCUUCCAUCAGUGAGAGCUUUGAAUGGUUGAUCAAAUACUUAUUUUACAAAUAAAUUCUUUAAAAUUCUUACAAUGUGAAUUCCUGGAUUUUUUUUUCACAUUCUGUCUCUCACAGUUGAAGUGUACCUAUGAUGAAAAUUACAGACCUCUGUCAUAAUUUUAAGUGGGAGAACUUGCACAAUCGGUGGCUGACUAAAUACUUUUUUGCCCCACUGUAAAUUAGUAUUUACAUUAGAGGCAUUUAUCCAUGUGCAAAAAGUUUGGAAAAGAGCACGGAUAAAAAGUAAGCAAAGCAAUGUGUAGUAAUUUUAGAAAUUAAAUUAUAAAGAUUGAACCUUAAGGAGAGUGCAGUACUCCUCUUUUUCAAUCACACUACUCAUGUGCCUUAUGGAAAAAUACGUAAUACCAGAUUAUCGAUCUUUCAACAGAAGUACUUAACAAAGGCACAGAUCAAAUAUGCCUAUAAUAUAAAAUUUUAAUAUAUGAAAGUAAAUACAUUCUUAAAAUGAUCCAAGUUGUCUUAUUUAGCGAUUUUGGAGGCUUGGGAGCUAUAAUGACAGUGAUGAUGCAAUAUGGUUUACAUUGUUAUUGAAACUUCCAUAUGAAAAGAAGUUAUGUUUCACAAAGCCUACUCAGUUAGGUAAUUCUCAGAUUACUCCUUUGUAACUAUUUCACUUUGAGGAUUAAAUGUUUGGAAGCAUUGUUUAGAUUUGUUAGAUACAUUGUAAAGACAAUAGCUGUGUCCCAAUUCAGGGUCUGCAUCCUUUGAAGGGCGAAUUUGAAAGCCGCUUACGUCACAACGCUGCGCGAAGGCUGUCCCAAUUCGUUUAAAUCGAAGGCUCCUCCAAAUGCAGCCGACGAAUGCGCCCUCCUUUUCUCAGUAUUCGGAGGAUGCACCAUGACUAUCCUUCGUAGCCUCACAUAAUAUCCCAAGAUGCUUUGCGCACCUUUGUUCUCCGCAGGCUAGACUGUCCGUUUUAACAACGGGUGACGCAUCCUUCAGAGGUGCCUUCGAAGGUCCAGCCUUCUGAGGCUGCGUAGGCCGGAUCCUCCAAAGCAGGGGUCACCAACCUUUUUGAAACCAAGAGCUACUUCUUGGGUACUGAUUGAUGCAAAGGGCUACCAGUUUGAUACACACUUUAAAAAAUUGCCAGAAAUAGCCAAUUUACUCAAUUUACCUUUAAUAAAUAAAUAUAUAUAUUAAAAAAUGGGUAUUUCCGUCUGUCAUUUCGUCGUACAUUUGUUUUCCUUUUACGGAAGGUAUUUGUAGAGAAUAAAUGAUUAAAAAAACACUUAAUUGAACGGUAUAAAAUAGAGGAAAACAGAAAAAAAAUGAAAAUUAAAUUUUGAAACAUAGUUUAUCUUCAAUUUCGACUCUUUAAAAUUCAAAAUUCAACCGAAAAAAUAAAGAGAAAAACAAGCUAAUUCGAAUCUUUUUGAAAAAAUAAAAAAAAUAAUUAAUGGAACAUCAUUAGUAAGUUUUCCUGAUUAAGAUUAAUUUUAGAAUUUUGAUGACAUGUUUUAAAUAGGUUAAAUCCAACCUGCAUUUUGAUGGAGUAUAUAACAAAUUGGACCAAGCUAUAUUUCUAACAAAGACAAAUAUUUAUUUGUUCUAGAUUUCCAGAACAAAAUUUUAAAAAUAAAUUCAAAAGACUUUGAAAUAAGAUUUAAAUUUGAUUCUAAAGAUUUUCUAGAUUUGCUAGAAUAUUUUUUUUAAAUUUUAAUCAUAAUAAGUUUGAAGAAAUGUUUCACAAAUAUUCUUUGUCGAAAAAACAGAAGCUAAAAUGAAGAAUUAAACUAAAAUGUAUUCAUUAUUCUUUACAAAAAAAAUACUUGAACAUUGAUUUAAAUUGUCAGAAAAGAAGAGGAAGGAAUUUAAAAGGUAAAAAGGUAUAUGUGUUUAAAAAUCCUAAAAUCAUUUUUAAGGUUGUAUUUGUUCUCCAAAAAUGUCUUUCUGAAAGUUAUAAGAAGCAUAGUAAAAAAAUAAAUGAGUUUAUUUAAACAAGUGAAGACCAAGUCUUUAAAAUAUUUUCUUGGAUUUUCAAAUUCUAUUUGAGUUUUGUUUCUCUUAGAAUUAAAAAUGUCGAGCAAAGCGAGACCAGCUUGCAAGUAAAUAAAUCAAAUUUAAAAUAGAGACAGCUCACUGGUAAGUGCUGCUAUUUGCGCUAUUUUUAGAACAGGCCAGAGGGCUGCUCAUCUGGUGCUUACGGGCACCGCGUUGGUGACCCCUGCUCUAAAGGAUGCAGACCCUGAUUUGGGACACAGGUAUUGAUACCUUAAAAUGUUAUUUUGGAUGUAUUAUUACUAUAUGUAUGUUUAUAGGUGACCAUUUAGCUGAUGAUUAGUUAAUGCAAAAGAGGUUUGCUGGAGACAUAUAUUCUCAUGGAGAGCAACUCACCAGUCAGAAGUUAGCAGUUGUAAUUCAACACACAUACGGACAAUUCACUUUACUAGUGCACAUACAGUAAUUCUUACUGUAAUAAUUCAACUUUCUCUAAGUUUGCCAUUUACUAUCCAUCCAUCCAUUUUACAAGGCUUGUCCCUUUUGGAGUCGCGGAGGGUGCUGAUGCCUAUUACUAAUGUUCCAAUAAUCUGAAAAGUAAUGCAAUUAUAAUCAAACUGCAUGGGCCAAGUUGGGAAGUGAUAAGGAGAUUUGGCUAAAAUGAAACAUGUUUUGCAUUAGCAUGCUAACUGUGAUCAUUACAUUAAAUUGUAUUGUUUACAUAUUGUAACCAUCAAACCAUUUUAGAUGGUACUAUAUAUUACUUAGUAUAUACAUAUAUAGGCGCCGGCGCCCCCCGCGACCCCAGAAGGGAAUAAGCGGUAGGAAAUGGAUGGAUGGAUACUUAGUAUAUACAUGAUGAUUAAAAAAUGCUAUUGUUUGAGGUUGUAGAAAUUGAAUCACAUUCUAUCUUAUGUUUGUUUUGCAGCUAAUCAGCCAUAACGGAUACCUUUUAUGCUGUAUUAUUGAGCCAUUUUCUUUACAUGAAAGAAUAAAUCAAUUUGAUGUGUUGUA